AUAGAAAGUACUUCUUCCCAGGUCAUAGUUCCAAUCCAGCUCAUGCCUAGCCCCCGAGCCCUGGUCAAACAAAUCUGAGUAUUACCUACCAACCUUGGGUCUUCGUCUCCUCUUCUCUGCCAUCCCUUCCCUUUUUUUUUCAACUGUUUUUUUUUCUACUUCCUCAACACCAACGCCUCAUUUCUAGGCUCAUCAUUAUUGUCCCAUAACAUCAACCAUCAUCUAUCUAGUUAUUAUAGGCUAGACGACGACCAAUAACACGAUUGCGCGUCUAACGCUCUCGAUCUGCCAACUUCGAUCCUCGCGUUCCUUCACACACGACUAUGCCCACUGUCGUCUGACGAGACCUUGCCAAGUCUCGUCUCGUCCUGCUCGCGUCGCAAUUGGGUUAUUGUGGAAGGGUGUUACCUCGUCGUGCCAAGUUGUAUGAAAGCUGGAGAAACCUAGCUUGCUUAAAAUAUCGAAACUAUCUGUGAACUUUACUAUCCCAUUCCCUACUUUUUUUUUUACCGUUGCUUGGAAAUUCGCGAUAUCGCGAGAUCGCAGCCUCGUCUAAUUUUAAUUUUUAUCAUACCCCCGAGGUAGCCCGUCCGCGCAACGACACCGCGUCCGACAAUGUCUAUGUAUCCGCAUCGCGGCUUGCCGCAGAACGCGGCGCGUUUGAACGAGCUCCUCGACCAGAUCCGCACCGAGUUUGAUAACCAAGUUCGGGUUAACGAGGGCUAUGAACAACAAAUCCAACAGCAAUUACAAGAUGCCCAACUCAUUCGCGAGAAGGUUUAUCAACUGGAGCAGCAACAUAUUGCCAUCAAGGCGAAGUAUGAAGAGGAAGUGGUUUUACUUCGCCGUCAGCUCGAAGCCGCGCGAGGAGGUGCCCCUCAACCUACUAUACCUGGACCGCCUCAGCACGGCGGCCCAUCUGCAGGUCCUCCCCCUCCUUCAAUCGGUAUGGGCAACAAUCUCUUUAGUGGAAUCAUGACUGGUCAAGGAGGCCAAGGCGGUGGCCUACCACCCCAGCCUAACCCUCAAGAUCAAGCCCCUCCUGGACCCCAGCACCAAAUGCCACAGCCACCUCCGGGUUUACAAGGUCCGCCUCCGCCUCCACCCCCGCCAGCGGCUCAGCCACCCUUUCAGCAGCCUUACCAAGGCCCGGCUCCCAACGGCUUCCCCGGACAGCCUCCUCAGAGCACUGCUUCACCCGGGCCGGGCAAGCGCGGUAUCGGCAGACCCCCCGCUGGGGGCCCUGCCACUCCUCAAAUCAACACCCAGAUGCCAUACGCCGGCCCCGGAGCGUCGCCCCAGGUAGCAAACCAUCCGACUCCGGAUCAUAGGGCUCUGCCACCUCACCCUGGCCCCAUGGUCAACAACGCUCUUGGUGACUUGGAUGUCGAACGUCUCCCGGCCCACGUCAAGAAAACCCGAGAUGAUUGGUUUGUGAUUUUCAAUCAACACGUUCCGCGCAUGCUCGACGUUGAUCUUGUCCACACCUUGAAUCACGAGAGUGUUGUAUGCUGUGUAAGGUUUAGCCACGACGGCAAGUAUGUCGCUACUGGAUGUAACAGGUCCGCCCAGAUUUACGACGUAGCCACCGGGGAGAAAGUGUGCGUCCUCCAGGACGAGACCGCAGACAUUAGCGGAGAUCUAUAUAUCCGAAGUGUAUGUUUCAGCCCUGACGGCAAGUAUCUUGCUACUGGUGCUGAGGACAAGCUCAUUCGUGUUUGGGAUAUUGCUGCUCGCACAAUUCGUAAUACUUUUGCCGGUCACGAGCAAGAUAUCUAUUCGUUGGAUUUCGCUCGAGACGGUCGAACUAUUGCUUCCGGUAGCGGUGACAGAACCGUCCGCCUUUGGGAUAUCGAACAAGGCACGAAUAUGCUUACCCUUUCUAUUGAAGAUGGUGUCACGACUGUCGCUAUAUCCCCCGAUACAAAGUAUGUUGCUGCGGGUUCACUUGAUAAGAGUGUUCGCGUUUGGGACAUUCAUCAAGGAUACCUCCUGGAACGACUUGAAGGUCCAGAAGGUCACAAGGAUAGCGUAUACUCCGUGGCAUUUUCUCCUAAUGGCAAGGACCUAGUCAGUGGAAGUCUGGAUAAAACCAUCAAGAUGUGGGAAUUGUCGACCCCUAGAGGCGGCGUACAGAACCCAGGGCCUAAAGGUGGCCGAUGCGUUAAGACUUUUGAGGGACAUAGAGAUUUCGUACUUAGCGUGGCACUCACACCCGAUGCCAACUGGGUCAUGUCUGGAUCCAAGGAUCGAGGCGUACAGUUCUGGGACCCUCGAACUGGGUUUACUCAACUUAUGCUCCAAGGCCACAAGAACUCAGUCAUCUCCGUGGCCCCUAGCCCUACAGGCGGCUAUUUUGCAACCGGUUCUGGCGACAUGAGAGCGCGUAUCUGGUCCUAUCGCUCGAUAUCUUAGAGCCCAUCUAGCAGCAGAAUAGCAGCAGUACAAUCGAAAGAACCGGGAUUCUACGAAAGAAUUCAACAGUAUUAUCACGUUCUGGAAAGAACACGUAGAUGGGUAUUGACAGGCGACCUGUGGGGUUGAGGAAAUAAGAUUACAUAUUAGGUAGUUACUGCAAAAGAGGCUUAGGAAGAGAGAGAAGCUUUGCUUCGCCAGACCUAACGUUGAUAGGGUCUUAGGAUCUUGAAGAUCUUUUUUAUUUUUGCCAAAGCGAAAGCUGCACACUUCCCUAGACGACGUGCGAAGGUGUGGAUAACAAUU